AGUGUGAGGCGCCCACAAUUUCCGAAGUCAGUUCUGUACUUGUAGUGUGGCGAGGAGGAGAGAUUUUCAAUACAACGCCGAGGAACGGAGCAGACGACGGCGAAACAAAGCGAGUAAUGUAACACUUCUGCUCCCGCUCGCAAGUCGUAUCCUUUGUAAAUAACCAAAACAAAAAUGGAGGAUUCGAGUUCCAAUUCCGACAAAUGUUAUCAAAAUGCAUGUUCGACCUGGACUCUUCCCGUUCCCGUUCCCGCCGCCGUCUCCUCCUCCCCUUCUCCUCCCGACGAAUUCUCUCUGUUUCUCCAACAGAUUUUGCUACGUUCCUCUUCCGCCACUCCCCACUCCUCUCCCUCUAUCUUUUCCAACCUUUCCUGCAACAUCCACCCUUCCCACGCUUCCAGUGUUCUGCGGCUGCCGGACGACAUCUUCGCCGUCCAUUCUUCUCAACUCCUCAAUUCAUCUUCCUCCGCUUUACUACAUGAUCCGUCGCCGUCUUGUCCCACACCCACUGCACCCAAUGCGUCUUCCACGUCGCUGGGAGCAAGUGAUCAGAACGAAAACGACGACUUUGACUGCGAAAGUGAGGAGGGUCUAGAGGCAUUCGUUGAAGAAAUGCCUACAAAGCGUAAUCCUCGCAGUUCUUCCAAGAGAAGCAGAGCAGCCGAAGUUCAUAAUCUGUCCGAAAAGAGGAGGAGGAGCAGAAUUAAUGAGAAAAUGAAGGCCUUGCAAAAUCUGAUCCCCAAUUCUAACAAGACAGACAAGGCCUCGAUGCUGGACGAAGCAAUCGAAUAUCUGAAGCAGCUUCAACUUCAAGUUCAGAUGCUAUCAAUGAGACAUGGCUUGAGUUUGCAUCCUAUGAACUUGGCUGGUAGUUUGCAAUAUCUCCAACUUUCCCACAUGAGAAUGGACUUUGGUGAAGAAAAUAAGUCACUUCCUUCGGACCAAGAGAGACCAAACCAUAUUUUUCUGAGUUUACCUGACAAAAGGGCUGCCUCAGUCCAUCCUUUCAUGCCAGAUAUUGGAAGAGAAACCCCAUUUGAAUUGGAGCCUUCCAUCCAGGCUCACCUAAUCCCCUUCUACCUGAGUGAAUCCUCCAAGGAGAUUUGCAGAGAUGUGCCGCAAGAUCACCAAGUGAACGUGAGUCAGUCGGAGACAACUCCCUUCGUUUCACGCCCCUAUAACAUACCAGAGCCUGAUCUGCAAGAAUUACAGAAUAGUGUCUCUGUGGAACACUGCAUCAUUGAAGGAAAUCAGUCAGCAUCGACACAGGAAGAUCAGCUGAAACAACACAGCUGCAUUGAUAAAGAUUGUUGACUUUUUCUGUUCACCCUCUAGAUUUUCUCUCUUCAAUGUAUUCACAAAUGUUUGGCAAAAUUGCUCUGAGAAUGGGGAUGAAGUUGCUGCAUUGAGCUGGUUAAUUAUGGAGGGGAUGUGCACAGUUUUAUCCUCUUGUACAAAUCUCCACAAGUACUGAGUGAAUUUUUCCCCAUUAUGGGCUGGAUCUUUCUUUUCUCAUCCAUCUUCUUGGUUUAAUCAAGUUUGUUAUUUCUAAAUUCUAAUUUCCCCUUUUUUUUUUUUGUUCUUGUUUAUUUU